AUGGCUGAAGAAAUUUUUACAAUUAAUUUAAAUUAUAACGGGCUUUAUUUUAAUGCCCAGGUAGACAGAGAAACGUUCUUGGAAGUUAAUAAAGACACUGAAUUAUUACAGCGGUACACGAAACAAAUAUACCAGCAAUGUUUUCAACAAGUUGGUGUAGCUGAUCUGGAACCUUCCUCUCCGUUAAAAGAAAUUGAAGUUCCAUCUGAAAAUGUUUUAAGAUGGAAUGACAAAUUAACCAAAUUAUUAAUUAAAGAACGGUUGGUAAUGGAGGCAGAUUUGGCACAUCCUAAAUGCUGCAAAAUAAAAUUGUGGCAAGAACUUGCAAAAAAAAUUAAUAAAAUAUGCACUAAAGUAUCCAGUGGGAUUCCACCAGCUGAAACUAUAGGAAACAGCUUAGUUCAAAAAUCAGCUGUAACCAGAGACAACCUAGUUGUCUCUGAUGUAACAGAGGAAACGGAAAAUAGUGCUGUACGCAAAAUUACAAUUGAUAAAAAAAGAAAAAAUACUGGUAUGUCUUUCUAG